AUGAAACCUACUUCCUCACAGUUUGAGGAGUUCAAACUAGUCACGGAAUUCAUUGACGGGCUGUACAAGCAUACGAUCGCCGAGCGCGAGGAGCCAGGACGAUACGAAACCUGGACUUGGACUGAGACCCUUGGAGAGGGCACAUUUGGUACUGUCUAUAAAGAGACCUGUGCAGAGGGCGGGGGGAAUCUUAGAGCGGUCAAACAGAUCAGGAGGUCAUUCAUCAGGUGGAACGAAAUCUCGAUCCAAGUACGACUUCGCUCGUACCCAGAGCACUUCGUGCAGCUUGCGGGCCGGUUCGAGGAUAAAUAUAACAUUUAUUUGGCUAUGGAAUACCUGUCUGGCGACCUGGAUGCAUUGCUCAAGGAAGGAGACCUACCUGAGGAUGACACAAAGAGCGUUACGAAACAGAUUCUUGCUGGCCUGGAAAGAUUGCAUAAGGAGGAUAUCUGCCACAGAGAUCUGAAGCCCGGUAAUAUCCUGAUCGCCCGCUGGAUACCACUUUCAGUAAAGAUCGGUGACUUUGGCGUCUCUAAAUACUUCGGUGGCAAGACUGAAUGGCGAACCACAGCAGGGACUAGACCCUUCAUGGUACCAGAGGUCUGGGGAUUCGGUGAUCAAAACACCAGCUCAUAUACCACAGCAGUAGAUAUUUGGUCCUUGGGAUGUUUAGUAUACUUCAUGAUCACGAAAGAGCUGCCAUUUCCUGAGGCUAGAAAUCUGAUCAACUUUUUACACGGCCGGGACACUUUUCCACCGGGAACCGCGGUUGCACUUACAAUCCCCCACUCAGCGAUUGGAUUUAUAUCUAGUUUACUUCAGCCCUUACCAGCAGAGCAAGCCUCGGCAUCAAAAGCUCAACUGCACUCUUGGCUUUUGAUCAAAGAGCGGCAUGAGACCAUGUGGACGAAUAUAUCACCUGGCACAAUUAAAAAAGCCUCGGAACCUGAAGCUAAGCCGAUCGUGGGAAGUUCAAAGGAUCCGGCUCUUGGAGCUAAGGGCCAGUCGGCUCCCGUACACACAUCGGAUCCAAAUACACAUACCCGAGCUUCUGCACCUCUUCUGGAAAAG